AAAAUGUCAAAAGCAAUAAUUGUAACCGGUGCUUCUCGCGGUAUAGGACGUGCCACAACUCUACAAUUAUUACAACAUUUUGACAGUAAUGUAAUUGCUGUUGCACGUUCAAACCAGGACUUGAAUGAUUUAAAAAGUCACGCUGAAAAUGUGUUGGGUAUGAAAGGAAGAUUGGAAACUAUUACUGGUGAUAUUACCGAGGAACAUAUCGUCGAGGAGGUUGUUAAAAAAUGUGUAGAACGUUGGGGGAGAAUUGAUGGUAUCAUUGCUAACGCAGGUACGUUAGAUCCAAUGGGAAACUUUGCGGAUAUUAAUUUACAAGAAUGGAAACGAGGCCGAAUUAUUACUGUUUCCACUGGUGUUGCGAGUUUUGCUCACCAAAGUUGGGCCCCUUAUUGCACAUCAAAAGCUGCUCUGCAUAUGUUAACGAAAUGCAUUGCAGUUGAAGAACCAGAUAUAGUUUCUGUAUCAAUUCUUCCUGGUGUUGUUGAUACAACUAUGCAAGCCAAUAUACGCGAAAAUGGAUUGAAAGCACAAAUGAAACAAACUGAUCAUCAAAAAUAUAUAGAUCUUCAUGAGUCGAAGAAAUUAGUUCAUCCUGAUGAUCCAGGUCGCGUAUUGGCUGCUUUAGUUGUAGGUGGUGCCACUCAAGAAAUGAGUGGAGAAUCAUAUAGAUAUAAUGAUUCUAAAUUAGCCCAUCUAUUAAAUAACAAAUGA